UGGGAAUUUGAUUGCUUAGGUUAAAUGUUUAGAGGAUUACCUUUACAGAGUGUGUUGUUUCAGAGGGUUUAUUUGAUGUUUAUUGAAUGUUGUAAAGUACAAUAACAAAUAACAAUAAAUAAGUCCUAACCCUUUUAGAUGCAUCCCUUCUACAACACAGCUAAAUCUAAUGGCUCGUUACUAGGUCUCUCUGGAGCUAAACGACAUGCCGAUGAGGGAAUUCAGCUCGAUUCGAUUCAGGUGUGUUGGAGAAGGGAUGCGUCCCAAAAUUGCAGGAUAAUACCUCUGGAGAACUUGUUGGGCACAUCCGGUAGGUACUGCUUACAGUCUACUUAGUCACCCCUUAUGCUACGGGUCCUCUUAAUGUUUCAACAUUCCCCAUUUAACUGAAUUACAUUUACUUUAAACUUUAUUUUUUAUUUAUUUAUUCCGAAAAACCUUCUUUAAGACGAAUUUUGCUGCAUCCCAAGACGAUUUUGUCACUCACAAUAUGGUGGACGCGCUGACGCAUCGUUUUUACGGCGCAACGACGCGCUUCCCGUGUUAGCCUGUUCUGAUUGGCUAUUCAGCUAUCUGCCUCCGCCUUCCUGUGGCUCUAAUGCCCUGCCGCUGUGUAACUGUUACAUUGCCCUCUGUUGAACAGGAGUGUAUAAUAACAAUAACCGUAGACCUCUAUUUCUGUCGUUUUGUUUUGCUUAACUUGUUAAAAACGACCGAAACAAUCGUUCACCUGCAGCUCGGGAUGUUUUCUUUCUCUGAACUACAUAAAUUUUAGCGUAUUUUAUUAAGUGGUUAAAAACAACAUCUAAGCGCUCUGAAUUCUCCGAUUGCACUUGUUUCAUGAUCAAAUAGCUUAAAUUGAAAGGCUUUAAAUGUUUCUCGCCUGGUUUUAGGCACGCAGCCGCCCACUGCAGUGCAGCAGCAGUCUAUCCGCUAGGAGCAGCUGCAGAGAAGGGGACUGCGCAAAAAAAAAAAAAAAAAAAACAAAAGGAACACGGUCAGGAUUUUUGCCCGUGUGACGUCAUGGGGAUCCACAGGGCUCUCUGAAAGGACCCAGCAACGCCAAGCGCCGGUGGAAGUAGGGGAGAGGAUACACAAUCGGCCGAGGCGGAGGUGUCGGAGAGCGUCUCUUAGCUGCACGGUGUCCGGUGAAGAAGCGGAUCCAGGCUCGGAGAUUUUGGCUUUAGUCCACCAUGAGAGCGCUUCCCAGCGGUUAAGGCGACUGCUACCUCUAUUUUCUGCCUGAAAAAACCCCCAACAAAAAACAUACACACACAGACACAGAGGGGAUAAGCAGCCAGACAACCAUACUAAUCCCCGGGACGGUCACAUUCACGGCGGAGCCUCGGCGCCGACAGAAAUGAACAGGAGCAGCACGAACUGGAAUAAAUGAUAGCGAAUAAAGAGCCGCAGCGCACAAAGCGACCCUGAAGUGUUAUGCCCGUCGGCCGUGUGGUCUGUUUUUGACUGGAAAUGGGAGCUUUGACAAGCAGACAGAACAUAGGCGUGGAAGAAUUGGACAUUCCGUCCAAUUCGGUGUACCGUUAUCCGCCGAAAUCUGGGAGUUACUUUGCCAACCAUUUCAUCAUGGGAGGGGAGAAGUUUGACUCCACCCAUCCGGAGGGUUACCUGUUUGGGGAAAACACAGACCUUAACUUCCUGGGGAGCAGACCAGUAGCAGCUCAGCACUUGUCAGCAUCAACUGGAUCCGUGCUGACAACCCAAAGCCAUUUUGCGUUCCCGUAUGCAGCCCCUCCACCUCAGGAACCAGUAAAGACCCUACGAAGCCUUAUAAACAUUCGAAAGGACACGUUGCGGCUCGUAAGGUGUAGUGAGGACCUGAAGUUGCCAGGCGACGAGGUGGCAGGGAAGAACAGGGCUUGCUAUAACAUAGAGUUCACCUUUGACGCCGACACACAGGUUGCCAUCACCAUUUACUACCAGGCCAUGGAGGAGUUUCACAAUGGAGUGCCAGUUUACCUGCCACAGGACAGCUCGCUGCAGUCAGAAACGGUGCAUUUUAAGAGAGGAGUUUGCCAACAGUUCUGUCUGCCCUCCCACACCGUCAACCUCAGCGAAUGGGCAGAUGACGAGCUGCUGUUUGAUAUGGAAAAGGAGAUCUUCCCCAUGGUUGUGCAGGCUGUGGUAGACGAGGGAGAGGAACAUUUGGGCCACUCUCAUAUCCUACUGGCUACAUUUGAAAAGCAUAUGGAUGGGAGUUACUGUGUUAAACCUCUGAAGCAGAAGCAAGUGGUGGAUGGAGUUAGCUACCUGCUGCAGGAGAUCUAUGGGAUCGAGAACAAAUACAACAGUCAGGAAUCAAAAGUGGCUGACGAUGAGAUCAGUGACAACAGCGCCGAGUGUGUAGUGUGCUUGUCUGAUGUCCGAGACACCCUCAUCCUCCCUUGCAGGCACCUGUGUCUCUGCAACGCCUGCGCAGACACAUUGCGCUACCAGGCAAACUGCUGUCCUAUCUGCAGGCUGCCCUUUAGAGCUUUGUUGCAAAUUCGAGCAAUGAGGAAGAAACUCAGUCCUCUGUCGCCCACCAGCUUUAACCCCGUCAUCACCUCCCAGACGUCGGACUCGGAGGAACACUCGGCGUCCGAGCACAUCCCUCCUGGUUAUGAGGCUGUUUCUCUCCUGGAGGCGCUGAACGGGCCUCUGAACACCUCCUCGGUGGCUCCUAAUCCUCUCCAUUCCGGUCCUAGCCAUGGCUCUGGGGUCCUGCCACCUUAUAGCAACGAGCCCCACUCUGCGCUGGCCCGAUCCCUCUCGCCUCUUGACCAGUCCAAUUCCAGUCAGGGAUUAAAACUGAAAAAGAGUGGUUCAAAAUCACUUUCCCAGAAUUCCUCUGUGCUUCCUGAAGAGGAAGAUGAGAAGUCUUGCAGUGAAUCAGAUGCAUGUCGUCCUAAAUUGGCUGUUGGUCAGCAAGAGUGCGGAGUGACUCCUGACAGCGAGAACCUGACUCUUUCCUCGUCUGGAGCCAUCGAUCAGUCACCCUGCACCGGUACCCCUCUCUCCUCCACCAUCACCUCCCCUGAAGAUCCAGUGAGCAGCAGCCUGGCCCAGUCGGUGAUGUCCAUGGCUUCGUCCCACUCGCAGCACUCUCACAUCAGCGCUGACACCAUGUCCUCCAUGUCAGGGUCCUACAUGGCCGGGACCGAAGCAGAACCGGUGGGGGCCAACGAGGUGGGAAACGUGGAUGUUGAGGAGGACCAAGACGCUCCCAUGGAGAGCCGAGCUGCUCUGCACCAGGACGGGGAGUUUUCUAUGGAGUCAAAGGGAAACAAUUACUCUAUGGCUGUAGAGGAGCAGGAUUCAGAGGGAAAUGAUGUCACAGAAGAGGAAUGCUCCUCUCCGUCUAAUGGGAAAGGUGGGCGGAGCAGGUGUCCAGAGUUGGCCAAUAACAAUCAGGGCGUCGCCCACUGUGACACGCCCUCUUUGGGGUUGGAUAAUGAACAGGCUCCCAACAGCCGAUUCGCUGACUUUAUGUAUCUAGGGGGCUACAGGCCAGGUCUUGAUCCCCUCCCCCACCACAUCUCCACCAGCAACAUUAACCUGGAGGAGCAGGGGGUGGAGAACAGGGACGGCCAGAGUUCGAAACAUCCCCUCCAUGGGCCACUCUUCGUGUAACAGUCAAACCGAUUCAAAUCGCCCCAGAGAGUCAGCUUAUUCCCACCCUCACCCUGCCCACAGCGCUGUGACUGCGGGUAUUUGUCUUUGCUGAGCAGGGAAACAUUUCCCCAUCCGUCUAAAGAUUUCUGUGACCAUCUUUCGCCGCUGGAACCCGGCUGGAGUGGAAAGAGGAAGGAAGAGGAAUCACCUUUUACAUUGUUGGUGCACUUUUAUUACAUGUUUUCCUUGUUUUAUUGUCUUUAACUAUUUCUAGGAAUGAUUAUCCUUCUGCUGUUUUAUUAUUUAUUACCUGUAGGUUCUAUGAGAGCUCUGCAUUGUGCUAGUAUCUUUAGAAACAUACAUCCUGCUCUUCUUCUCUACCUUUUUCCUCCUUCCUACUGAUCUUCCAGCUAAACAGUCAGGGGCUACUGUGAUCGGCAAUCGGAUUUAUUACUACUAACUUCUUCCUGUGUCAGAAACUGUGUUUUGAAUGAGUGGUAGGACACUUUGACGCUAAACAUCAGCUCUCACCGGACGACCUUAUCGAAGAAAAACAGCACUAGCCCCUUACUUCGGAUCAGGGAGCUUAAAUCUCGACCUUCGCAUGCAGCUUUUCACCUUUUCCUUCCAUUCCUGCCACGCUUUUGAAGCUACUGAAUGUAAAUUCAGAAGCAGGCGAAUUUUUUAGAUGGAUGAGCCCAGAACUGGUGGCCAUAAUGACCUCUAAAAAAAAAAAGAAACAAUGUAGGACAAUUAAGGUGGAGUUUAAAGAAAGGGAAUCUUCAUUAACUGGAAUCAAACCCAAAUUGUGACACACACAACUUUCCAUCUCCAUUUGCUCCUUCUGUAGCUCCAUUUUAGCAUGUCAGUAUUAAUGCGGUACAACUGCAAGUACGACCAAGCAAUAACAAAGCCCUGCACCUCCAUCUUUUCACCUCCUGCACUAGUUCUAAGACUGAACUGUGUUUGCACUGCCCUAUUACACUUCAAACCUUUCAGUAUAUUUUAAUUGUCUUCUCAUACCUUGAUGUUGCCAUUAUGAAGGGAAUCACGGUGAGGAAAAUCUUCCACGGGGCAUUUAAAAAUGAUGUUGGAAGGAUUUUCUCUACCCUCAGCCCCCCACCUCACUGAUCUUCCCGAUCCGCCUGCCUUCUAUCGUUUGAGAUCCUUUCAGUUGUUUUUGGUUUUGUAAAACGUUUGAUGUAUAUCUCAUCUGUUGUUGAUGCAAAUCGUUUGUGUUUCAAUUUGUUGCAGAACACUGUGCUGUCUCUUAGUAUGUGGAUGAAAAUAUGUGAAAAUUUGGUGAAAGGUUUACAUAAUCGUGCAAACACAAUGGAUAACCCCAGAGGAACAAUAUCUGCAAUCAGUGCACUCUUAGCUGACUACUAGACGACACACGUUCCGGUGCAUGAGGUGAUGAUAGAAGUAAGCAUGUUAGUCUAUGUCAGCCUGCACCCUCCUGUAGACUUGAUAAUGGACCACUGCACAAAUCCGAAGGGGUACCAUGUCUUUCUGUAGUGUUACAUUUCGAUUGGCCUGCUCAGGUCAAGACUUAUGCACUAUUAUAACCAAGCUGCAAACAGUCAUGUGAUCAGUCUGAAUGUGCAGACAGAGCUGCUUUCUGGCACCAGUCUCAGUAUGAUAUCAAAUGAAAUCCACAAAACCCCACUUUUCUAGAGUGAAAAUGAAAAUUUGACUUAAACAGACAAUAAAGAUUUUGCAACUAAA